AUGUCUCCCAGUGACUCAUUUCCUGUCCGUAAGGCUGAAGAUGGAGGGACUCUGCAGCUGUUCAUUAGGGCUAAACAGGGAGGUUUUGUGGAAGAGGCCACGUGCACGGGGGCAACUGAUUGCGCUUUUGACGGACUGACAGACGACUGGCUGAGUAAGUUUGGCUACCUCCCGCCCCCUGACCCAGUGACUGGUCAGCUUCAGACCAAGGAGGCCCUGACCAAGGCUAUCAAAGCCAUGCAGAAGUUUGGAGGGCUGAAGGAGACCGGAGUCUUUGACCAAGCCACACUGGGCCUAAUGAAAACACCCAGAUGUUCUCUGCCAGAUGUGUCUGAGGCAGAGGUGACAAUGGGCCGCAGGAAACGAGGCCUGACUCCUCAGAACAAAUGGAAUAAGAGACAUCUAUCCUGGAGAGUGAGGACCUUCCCUAAGGAUUCGGCCUUACUGGGCAGGGACACUGUUCGAGCCCUGAUGUACUAUGCCUUGAAGGUCUGGAGUGACAUCGCACCACUUAACUUCCACGAGGUGGCAGGGAGUGAUGCAGACAUUCAAAUUGACUUCACUAAAGCAGACCACAAUGAUGGAUAUCCCUUUGAUGGGCCAGGGGGAACUGUGGCGCACGCAUUUUUCCCUGGAGAGAGGUUCACAGCUGGGGAUACGCACUUUGAUGAUGACGAAGCGUGGACCUUCAGAUCUCCAGACUCUCAUGGGAUGGAUCUGUUUGCGGUCGCUGUCCAUGAGUUUGGUCAUGCCAUCGGCCUGGUCCACACCUCAGCCAUCGAGUCCAUCAUGAGACCAUACUACCAGGGUCCUGUAGGAGACCCUCUGAAAUACGACCUACCCUAUGAAGACAAGGUCCGCGUCUGGCAGCUCUACGGAGUCAGAGACUCAGUGUCCCACACAAACCGACCAGGCAACCCCUCCCAGACGGCUGAACCUCCUGUCCUGCUGGAUCUUCCUGAAAACAGAUCCACUGUUAUGCUGGCGCGAGAUGCCCCCGACAGAUGCACCAGUCACUUUGAUGCAGUGGCCCAGAUACGAGGGGAGGCCUUCUUUUUCAAAGGAAAGUACUUCUGGCGACUAACAAGAGAGAAGCACCUGGUGUCUCUGCGUCCUGCUCAGAUCCAUCGCUUCUGGAGGGGCCUUCCAAUAAAUCUUGACAGUGUGGAUGCUGUGUAUGAGAGGCCUGGGGACCACAAAAUAGUCUUUUUCAAAGGUCUAAAGUACUGGGUAUUUAAGGACAAUAUUGUGGAGGAGGGUUACCCUCGUCCCAUCAGUGACUUUGGCCUACCCUCGGAGGGCGUUGAUGCUGCCUUUGUUUGGCUACACAACGACAAAACCUACUUCUUCAAGGACAACCACUACUGGCGCUACGAUGACCACCUGAGGCGUAUGGACCUGGGCUACCCUAAAGACAGCACACUUUGGAAGGGGCUGCCAUGCCAAAGCAGGGGACAGAGUUCCUGAGCUGAUUGUUGGAGGGCCAGUGGACAGUUAUUGGAAGAACUGGAAAAUGUUGUUUUUAUUAUAUCAUUUGGUAUUUUUUUUUCCCGCUAAUUUUGAUGUUAUUUAUUUUACAUGUCAUUUGGUGGGCAUUGCCAACUAAAAUAAUCAUCCUUAUAGGCAACAAUCCACUCACAAUGCUUUACAACAUUUUUCACUGAAUGGUCAAACUGCCUCAUCUCUACAAGGAAAAAGGUUAUUGAACAGCAAAUGUAUUCCAAGAGCACCGACAGUGAUUAUUUGUCUUUGUGUGCAGCAGGUUUACAGCAACAAAGCCUUGCAUACAAACCAGUUAAAGGCAUUCUGGGAUGUAGGCAGGUGCAAAGGCGAACACCAUGUCAACACACUGUUGCAUAUUUUAUGAAUUUACAGCAGAUGCUUUAUUACAGGGUAGGUCACCAAAAUUAGUUCAAAAUGACCAAAAA